GUGGCGACGGCCGGCACAUUUGGCGCUUGCCCGCCCGCCUAUUACCCCGCGGGGGGGGGCGGGGCGGCCGGGCGCGGGGUUUCCGUUGAUUGCCAUGAACGAGGACAAGUACCAAGCCCGACCCGCGAAGGCAUCGCAAGGCAGCAAGCGGCUAAUCCUCAACUUCCCCGAGCCUGCCGGGUGCGCGACACAUAAUACGGUGGAAAAGCACGAAGGCGGUGGACAUACAGGAAAAAGCCGCGAAGAGCUUUCCUUUGGGAGGCGCCUUUCGCUUCUGGAUAUCUGAAAAAGCCGGCCGGCCGAAGGUGCCGGGCGUGCACUUCGCGACCAAGCCCAGCCCUUCCGGCGCGCUAUCCCUGACCCGCGCCGCGCGUAGGGCGGCCCGCCCCACCGCAACAGGCCCAACCUCUACCGCAAGUGGUCAGCCGAACUCGUUCUCGGCUACAGGUUUUUUCUCCCACCCGGGAAAAGGCGGGCACGCCGCUCACGAGAAAGGAAUGCACUCGCGCGGUGCGAAGGGCUACCACGACAAGGAAGACUUGCCGCGUGCAACGGAUACCAACAACAACAGUGCUUCGGCAUCCAAGGGCCAAGGUGUGCCGGUUGACGACGGUGCCGAUAGCGCGGCGCGCGCGCUACGACCACCACGCUCCGCGGCGGCUUGUGCGCAAUACAUUCUGCUGCGGGUAAAAGUUCGGGACCAAGCCCAAGGAGGUGGGGUUGUGCCAGUCGGCCGCGGGUGUGUCGCUGGAUGGUGCUCUUCGGCCGGCGCGCUCGCUAUUUUGGCAGCCGGGGCCAAUUUGUUGGCCGGCGAACUUGCCGGACGCCUUCUCGGCUGGUUUCCCCCCCGGCCGUUGGUGGCGCGGUAG